AUAGCUUUUCAUUAAAAAGACAUUGUUGUUUUAUUGAUAUGGAAACUAGAAGUAUAAAAAUGUUCCACACCUGUUUGUCAUAGAUUUUAUGUGGUGGACUUUGCUCAGUGUAACUGUGUGCAGUACCUGAAGCAGAGUUCAAAAGUCUCCACUGUUGCUAGAACUCAAGCUCCCAAGAAGCUGUGUUUCUCGACCAAAAGGCUGGAAAAGAAAAAAAAGAUACUAUGGAUAACCUUCACUUGCAUGUCAUAGCUGUGGUCCUUUACUUUAAUCUUCCUGGAUCAGUGGGAACCAAGUCACAGCGGAUUCUUCCAGCUACACAUCAACGUUCAGAGUGCCGGUGGGAUGGGCAUUUCUUACUGAAUUGCUCUUUUACCAGAAUAUCUACUAUUCCAGAAGAUGUAUCACAAAUAGCAGGAACAGCUGAUUUGAGUAACAAUAAUAUUAAAACUUUUGUGUGCUCUGAUGGAAGAAAUGAAGAGUGGAUGCUAAAACACCUGAACCUCAGUAACAACUUGAUUUCUGAACUCACUUUAACUACUUGUACAAAUUUACCCAUUUUAGAAACUCUAAACCUCAGUGGUAAUGCCAUCCACACCAUCACACUGGACAUACCUACACCUGCACAUGAGUCUAAAAAGUACAGCAUUGUUGAUCUCCUGCCUGCUUUGAAAGUAUUGUCAGUUGAAAGAAAUAAUCUUAAUACAGUUCCAAGAGGACUAGGCCUCCUGCAGUCUUUACAAACUGUCCAUAUGUCAUUCAAUGCCAUACAACAGAUUGAUCCAAAGGAUUUUCAAAACUGUUCACAGCUGAAGGACAUUGACCUGCGAAACAACAAGAUAACUAAAAUUCAUCCAGAUGCCUUCAGAGAUCUCAAUAAAUUACAGGUUGUGGAUCUCCGUGAAAAUGCUCUGACAAUCCCUCUACCACAGAUACUAGUCAGUUUAAACUUUUUUCAACUUGAUGUGUAUUUUUCAAAGAAUGCCUGGCUAUUUAACUGCAGGCUAAAUGCUUUUAAACAUUUAUUUAAUUUUGUCUUUGACUCCACAAGGAAAAAAUGGAGCCUUUCAUAUAGUAAGUCUGACAAGAACUCGCACAAACCUCUGCUGUAUCUUUCAAGUUUCCAUUUAAAAUGCAAGGACAAUGUUUUGCUCAAAAAGGCCACAGUCCCAACGGGUAACACAUCAGUGCUGACCUGUAACUUGGACAACAUAAGGGGCAAUGGAGUCUCUUGGUGGACACCUAAGGGCAGAAUUUCAAAAAAUCACAGUCUUCCUCAUAUGACACUGGAUGAAAUGAAUAAUUUAGUGAUAUACAAUGCUAAGAAAACUGCUGAAGGAUUAUAUUUGUGUCUUUUUAAUACAACAAAAGAGAAAUAUCUCAUUUACAAUAUAGAGGUGAAAGAAGGAGUUUCAGCAUUUUUGUUUAGAAAAGCCAGAGACACUAACACUGUUUUUAGACAGAAAGAAACAGAGCCAAACUUCGCACUGGCUGUCUCCCUCUCUGUGCUCAUUACAUUUGUUUGUGCUUUUUGUCUGGGUGCUUUUGCUAGACCCUACCUGGAGAGCCUGUGGAGACUCAUGCACAGGAACAAAAAUUCAGGUUCAGAAUGCACGUAUUCUAAUCAAGCUUUUUCAGAUGAAACCUUUGACAGAGAGACUUCUGCAAGCAAGCCAACAAAUACACAGUGUAAUACAUUAUUUUGUGAUAAGAACUCUUUAAGAAACACACAGAUUUUUCCUACACAAACUUCUACUGUGUAUGAAAACAUCACUGGCAGUGGUGUUCAUUCACCAAAUCCCAAAGCAGAGUACCAGAAACAAAGCAAUACUAAGAUCAACACGAAGAAAAUACCAGUAUUUUCAAAGGUCCGAUCUAGUAUUGACAAUAAUGAAAGUAUAAAUGUUUAUGAUACUGGACUAUUUUAUGUAAGGACAGAUUGCCAGAACAUCAAUGAAAUAACAUCAAACAGCAAAGUAAGAAACAACUCGGGUCUGCUGCAGUCUGAGAUCAGAAAACCUACACCAGAUUCUCCAGAAAGAAAAGGUAUUGUUUCACAUAAUGAACACAGGCACACUACAAAAUUUAUGCACCGAAGGCAAAGCUGUGAAGAACAACUUGGUCUAAAUAGCAACAGAAAUAAACCUAGUGAUGUUGGAGAUUUUAUUUCACCCACCAGCUCAAGAAGAGAUGCAGAUAUUGAGAAUUUUAGCAUCUAUGAAACAAUAGAAAAAUCUCCCCUUACAGAGCAUUACUGUAAAAGGAUACAUUCAGAUGAAAAAGAUGCUUUAGCUGAUAUAUUUGGUGACAUUUCCUCAACUGAAGGGUCUCCAUUCACAAUGAGUGACUGUAGUUCUUUAGCAGACUUUGAACUGGAACAACCUGGUGUUAGUGACAACCUGCCAGUCUAUCAAUCAUCGCUAGAUGAAGCCAAUACAGACAGUGGAACUGAGAAGUUCGUAACACCACCAGAGUCUCCAGACAUUACUGCUGAACUUCAGCAGAUUUGGGAAAACAAAGAUAAGAACAGUACCUAUUUUGAAACCACUAUUAAUUAUGGAUCAGAUGCAACUAUGCGUGAAACAGCAUCCCCUUACUCUGAUAAAUGCAGUGGCCACGUAAGUGUAUCAGGUCUAGAUACAGUUAGUUCUUCAAGUCAAGAAAUUCCAAAUACAUUUGAUUAUAUUACUAAUGCAGAGUCAACAGUACAAAACUCUAUUUCUGAUUCUCUACACAGUCAAAGUACAGAUUUUAGUAACACAGUAGUUAAGUUAAAACAUUUUCCCACAUAUGACACAGAGAAAACUUCUGAAGAGGAUGAACUGCAGCUGUCUUUGCUUCCCAGAGAACCACAGCAUUCCCUCAGCUCCAGUCACACAGAACAAAAAGAAAAUGCACCAGCAGGAAGUACAGAUGAGAAUAUAGCCAGGAACUCCCCUGAAAAGAAUCAUGAUGAAGCAGACAUUACAUUAAGAAGAAACGUGAGCACAUCUGAGGACAAUGGCUUUAUUUUUGCUCCCAUUGAUACUGGCUUGAAUGAAAUUGUAAAAGAACCAUCACUGCUGCAUUCCAGCAAAGAAUCAUCUCUUCAACUGCUGCCUGAACAGACAGCUGAAGAACAUUCCAUGUUUAUUACACAGCAAGAUGACUUGAUACCACAGGAGAAGCAGGCUUGUGGAGAUAAAAUACAAGGAGGUUCUGAUGAGAAAAAUUCUGAUGGAUUCACAGAAUUACCAGAUACCAGCAAUUGCAGUCUGCCUGAAGAAACGCAGUCUUGUAAUUCUACUGCAGUUCUGCUACAUCUUCAAAGUUCUGGGAAAACACAGUCAGAAUUCACAACAGAUGAUUGCUUCCAACUGGAUCAGAGUGAUGAGGAUGAAUAUUCCUUCUCAAUCCCACAAGGUUUCUUCAAUGAAAGCGCAACAUACAGUUCAUGUUCCUUCCCACAAAAGCCUACAGGAAAUACAACCUCUGAAAGCACUGAUUCCACCAAGAUGAAGGAUCAUACUACUUUAACAGACCUGGAGAACCAUUCUGCAACAACUGUAGAACACCUCCAAAAUUCCAGUGUAAAUCUCAGCCAAAAAAGUCAGAGAAAUUCAGGACAGGACCAGUUUUUUGUUAAGAAGAAAAGAGCAUUUGAUGGAUUUGCUAAUAUUUUGCAAAGCAGGAGAACAAACUUCAAUAGUUGAAACACAAAAUAAUAAUCCUAAGUUCCCACAGUGUGUAAUGUCAUUACAGCAGGUGCAAACACUAUUUUGUCUUAAAGUGAAAUUAUUUUUGUUUAGAAGGGUACUCAUAAAAAACACAGUAACUUUAUAAAAGACUUUAUAAAAAGUUAAUCCACAAUAUUAAUAAAGCUUUUGCUGAAUUAUAUUUACUUCCUCAUUAUUGGUAGUUGAUACCAAUAUAUCAUUUCCCUUGGAAUUUGCUUCAGAUACUCACUGUUUUGUCUUUUUGUGUAAUAAAAUAAAUGCAACAUGGAAAUUUACAUUAUUACUGUGUUUUCUUAUGGGACUCAACCUAUACAGUGAAAUAGUACAUACUACUGUCUUCUGCUUUUUGAACCAGAUUUAUGCAUUAUCUCUGAAUUCCCGGUGUUGCAAAGAUAAAUAAAGUCCAAGCAGUAUUCAAUUACAUUUCAAAAAUUACUUUUUUACUUGGCAAAAGAGAGAAAACAAGCUUCCACAGAGAAACAGAAUAUAAUUCAAUUCUUGCAGAAACAUCAUUUAUAGAAAUGUAGCUAUAAUGGGACAUCACCCAAAGUUUGCAGACGUGGUGACACUGACAGAGUAAUUUAAAAAAAGACAAAGGAUCCUAUACACACUUGAGAAUUUUACUUAUGAGGGGAAAAUUAAAAGCAGUUCAGAACUGCUAUUUUAGAACAUUAGCAGCCAAAAGAUAGCAAAUGUAAGAUAAAAUUACCUCUGAAUAUAGCCCAAGACCCUUUCAACUGACUCAGUACCACUGAUGCAGUCCUUGAAGGGAAAAGUCAUCAUGAAAGGGAGCAGAUCCAGUUCUGGGAAAAUGUGGGAAGUUGGCUACAACUCUGGGAAAACUCUUUCAUGAAGACACAAUUAACUCCUAAAAACUCCAAACAGAAGGAACACAUUUCAAUUCCAUCACAAGAGGAGCAAGUUCAAUGGCACACUACAUCACUGAAACUACCUUUAAAGACAAGACUAAGAACAAAGAGCUACUGCCACCUUUCAGUAAAGCUCAUUAUCCACACCAGUUCCUUGUGGCCAAAACUUUAAAAAUGCAAUGCCUGAAAAAAAGCACCGACUUGCUCUUUUUGAUAUAUUCAGGUCUUCAAACAUCACUAACAUGUCUCCAAGGUCUGUACCUAUUGGCUGUUGCACCUGCUAACAUGUUAAGAAAUCUAGUUGUACAAGGCAUGGCAAUUUUGUGAAUCAUGGGAAAAAAGCCCACUCAAGUGCUCUGUUGAUAUCUCAUACACUGAAAUGUUUUGCCAUUUGCUUGUUCAACAGUCCAAUAGGAUUUCAAAAUACAUAUAUUGGGAAAUUAUUUUCUCCUUUUUUUUUCCUGAAUGCUGCAGUGGUGAGGGCAGACUACACCACUUGUGAGAAGCUGCAAGAUUUCCACAAUUUCCUUUAUGCCAUAAAGUUGUGGAAAAGUUUCUGUUCUUGUCAAAGUAAAUUUGCUCCUUUAUAGUGGGACUUUAACAUGUGGCAAAGUACUCGUUCUACUGUCAAAAUAUUGUGUUUCAUCUCAAACUUAUCUUUGUAUUUCUGCCUAAUUUUGCCACUGUCCUUUGCUACUCAUCUCUCCAUUCUUAUAAUCACAUCUUCACUCAUAUCCACUCAGCUGCUUCUCCUUCAUAUUAAUUCAUUUCAUUAGCAAGUGCUCUUUAAUACAAAACCUCUGCAUCUUCUGUGACUUCCACAUAGUACUCAUCAUACUCUGCUCCUCCCUACCCACCCCAUGUUAACACGCCCUUCUGUAUACAAUUACAGUCCCACACACACUGACCCCAAGACUGCAUCCUCACUUUUCUUUACGUUUCAUCCACUGCAUCUUGUUCACAUUAACUGAUUUAGCUUAUUUGGCCACUGAGAAUUUUCUAGGACACAUACAUUAGGAGGAAGCCCACUGUUGUUACUAUACCAGUUGACUGUGGGAAAUCAGACAAAGUCACAGAAUAAGCUCAGUUAAAAAGGUGCCUGAGUGUAUGCUGUAUGAAUUUGUAAAUGAAGCAUGAGGAAUCAGCCAGGAGGAUGCUGACAAUACCUGUGAGACUCCCAUCUCACAUGGCCUGCCGAGCUCCACAAUCAACAGGACACAGAAUCCCUCACACAGUGUGAAUCAGGACAGGAAAAAAUAGAGAAGUUUCAAGAGCAGAUCAAGAACUUCAAAUACAGCAAUCAGAAUAAAACAAACUCUCGUUUUCAAACACAUAAUGGCUUGAUAAUUGAGUUAUUUGCUGUAGAUAUAAAGCAUUUCAAUCUUGUCUUAAUAUGCUUAAGUUUGGGCUGGAAAAUAACCCUGAAAUAUGAGAAGACAUACACGUUUAACCUACCCAUAACCAACAAAAGAAACUUUUUUGGAUAGUAGGAGUAAAUGUUUCAUGGUAGGUAAGACUGUGACUCACCCCCUCUGAUAAAUACAGAUAAGCAACAGCCUACAUUCUGAGAACUGGCAAAGCCAAUCCCAGCCAUCAUCAGAAACAUAAAUGCAAUGAAAAACUUCUUCCAGAUGGGUUUUGUAUUACAAUAUUCUAAUUGCAAUGUAAAUACAUUCACGAUCCUGAUCAAGCAGGGCCACUGAGAGCCAGUUGCCCAGGACCAUGUUCAGAUGGCUUCUGAGUAUCUCUGAGGAUAGUCUCAGUAACAGUGCAUGGCAACUCAGAAAAAGAGAGCAGUCUCUGAUGUUCAGAUGUAGCCUCCUGUGUUUCAGUUUAUGCCCACUGCCUCUGGUCCUAUCACUGGCUAAAGAGUCUUUGUCCUCUUUACACAACCUCCCAUCAGAUAUUUAAAUACUUUAGUAAGACUUCCCACAGCACCUUCUCUUCUCCUAAAGGCUAAACAGCUGUAAGCCUUUCCUCAUAGGAGAGAAGUUCCCAUCCCUUCAUUAUCUUCACAGCCCUUUACUGGACCCUCUCGAGAAUGUCACAAUUAUCUCUGGUACUGGGAAGCCCAGAACUGGACGCAGUAUCAGGUGUGGUCUCACCAGUGCUGUGUACUCAGCCUGCUGGCAAUACUUUGAACCAGACCAGGAAACACUCACCUUCUUCACAGCAAGGACUUGUUGCUGGCUCAUCUCCAACUUGGUGUCCCACCAGGACCCCCAGUCCCUUUUCUGCCAAGCUGCUUUCCAUCUGGGUGGCCCUCAGCGGAUACCAGUGCAGCUCCUCCCCAGCUGCAGGACUUUGCACUUCUCCUGGGUGAAGCUCAUGUAGCUCCUGUCAGGCCAUUUCUCAAGUGUGCUGAGGUCUCUCUGGAAGGCAGUACGAUCCUCUUGCUUAUCAUCCCUUACUUCCAGCUCUGUCCUAUCAGCAAACUUGCUGAGGAGACACUGUGCCCCAUCACCCACGUCAGUAAUGAAGCUGUUGAACAGGACUACACACAGCUCUGACCCUGGGGGUACAGCACUAGCUACUGGUCUCCAAUUAGACUUUGCUCUUCAGACCACCACUCUCUGGGCCCUAAAACUUCAGUUUUCAGUCCACCUAUCUGCUCAUCCAGUCCAUACAUUAACAGCUUUUCUAUGAGGAACUUGUGGGUCAAAAGGCUGGACCAAGAUGAGUGGGUACACUCGUAUAACAAUUAUGCUUCUGUAAAAUUUUGUCUUGAGACAUUUCUGCUCAGAUUGGCUUACUGUAGAAAACUUUUGUACUACAGUACUGUUCUACACUGGCACACUCCAUUUGAACCAUAGCCUUUUUGGAUCACGUACCUGUUUCCAACAGCUUUAAAUACUGAUCUGCUCUACUAUUAGAAACAAGGGGUACAAGAUCCUACACACAAAUUCCCUGCUAAUAAUUGAUAAAGGCUGCCUGCUGAUAUAUGUUCAGAUAUGAGAAUUGCUGAAGCAUGAAUCACAGAAAAAUCUGAAGUCAGUUUCUGAAACCAACACAAAUACUGUUUAUUUGUGGGAUGCCAUUUUACAACAACACCAUGAAAAGACCUAAAAAAAAAUGAACUGAAUUAACUCAUGUUAGGUGGCAUAAUAGUAUUUUCAUCAUAUUGUGAGUCACAGGAGUUUAGCACACCUUAUUUAUGUAAUAGCCAAAUAACUAAGACAUAAAGCAUUCACAGUUACAGGUUAACUGCUGUUCCUGCAACAGCAGUGUCAAUCGGUGCUAUUCUGACACACAUACACAUGCACACACACACACAGUGGGGGAGCAAGCAAGGAUUUCAAAAAGAAAAGCAAGUAAACAAAAAAAGAGCUGAAUUUUGGUCUCAUUUACAGAAAACAAACUAUUCAGUUUGUGGAUGGAUUCUAUAUACUGUUAGAACAAUAUGAAAAGACAAAAUAUAAGGCCUAGAAAGAGGUAUGUUAGCAGCUAUAAAUAAAACCAGGGCACAAGCUAACCUUUAAAGCUGCCUAUAUAAAAUCCAAGAGUAUCAAACAAUUUGUUAGACUUAUGACUAAGGGUCAACAAAUCUGGGAAAACCUUAACACAAGUGAAGUCCAUUUCUUGUCCUUCAAAAUAGUAACUUGGGAACAUUAACCAACAGCAAUAAGCUGUAACUAAUUUUGAUUGUGUGAGCAUAUUUCUGAUGAAAUACACGUGUUUUUAGUUAAAUGGGAGAAGCCUCAACAGAAUUAGAAAUGGCUACACAAAGAUAACCUAAGUAUUUAUUGUAGCUUAAAGACAACCUUAAAGAGCUUUUAACUGAAAACUCAAGUACAUAAAUAAUUUCAGUAAUUUCUAUAUUCUUCACCUUGCUUUCUUUGGAAAAGAUAAAAAGUGAAGAAACAACAGUAAUGGAGAAUUAUAUUAAUACUUUAAAUACUUAGUAUCACUUUGCUUUAGAAGGAAAUUUAAUUCAUGGACUGUUUUGGUUACUAAUAUUAAUAGAAUAUUAAUUUAGGUUGAAAAGAUCCUUAAGACUAUUAAGUACAAAAAGCUCCAAAUUUUUGUCAUCUAUCAAAGAACAUCAACUGCUAUAGUCUGGACACUGUUUUCCUUUCACUAACUGUCUUUCCAAUUUAUAUCUCCCAAAUACCAAAAAUGAAUCGAUCAUCAAGUUUCUGCUAGAAGUUCAAAAACAGUACACCAGAAACAUUAGCACAAGACCCAUGACACUUUUUCAGGAAUGACUUCUCAGUGUCUUGUCCCACAAAACAGCAUAUUUUGUAUAUUACUUCUCAUAAGGGUGGGGAGCCCACAAUCAAACAAAAAAGAAAUCUACAUCAGCUAUUUAAUGGCAUAAUAAACAAAAAAGGCAAAUGCCACACUUGUACUAAAUACAAGAUUAACUGAGGAGGUUAGUUAAGUUUCCACAACUAUUAAAAGUUUCUCCAAUAUACAGGAGCAGGCAAUGUUAGGAUCUCCUGCUUAUCAGCAUAUAUAGCAAAACCAGCAGGAUGGAUAGCACAGGGAAGCUCAUCAAAUCACACAGGUCUGUUUUAGUCCAUUUGUUCACUAUAAAUGUCAGUAAAGCCGUCUCUACUAGCUGUAAUUGAAUCUGUGGUUUACUUUAGGAAGAUGCAUGUUUAUAAACCUGCUGAUGGCUACAGAUUCAUACUGUUUCAUAUGGAAUAAAAAAUUUGCAGUAUCUCAUUCAUUUCCAAACACAUUCUUCCUUUCCACCACUCCUGAUUACUUUUACCCAGAAAGUAAAAACUUGAAAGAACAAGUUUGUUUGCUUACACCGCCAAGUACUUUCUGAGGUUUCUUUCCCCAUUUCUUUGCUUUAAAUUAAUUUUUUUUAUUCUGAUAAACAUUUGCAAAACUGCCAAGACCUGGCUGAACCGAUUUCUGUCAACCCUGUUAUAUGAAAGCUAUACCUGUAACAGUAAUAGAUUAAAAGUGUCUUUGGCUCUUGCUUCCAUUAUUGGAAACUCAGUUAUCUGUGACAUAUAAAACCUUUUAUACAAACUUGUAUUUGUUGCAGGAUUCACACCAAUUUGUGCUGAACAGUUUCCAAGAGGCAACAGCUAGCUUAAUGUUUCAAGAAUAACUACACCUAUUUCACUUAAAAUCUUGGCAAUCACAAUUUGGCCUAAUGUUAAAAGUUAUAUUGCUUCUAAGUUCAUUCUUUGAAGAACUAAACCAGCAGCUCCACUGGUAUUUCAUUACAGUAAUACUAUUGUAAUAUACACAUUUACAUCAGAAGUAUUAAUAAAAGGUGUGUUUUCUUAAGAGGCUUAUUGUAAACAUUAAAUAUCACACUCCACUCAAUUAAUUUCUUGUGCAAACUGGCAUCAAACAUGGAAUUAAGGUUAUGUGCAGUAGUACAUGAGAAUUGUGUAAGUUUUUCCACUACUAAUUUUAAAAAGCGCUAUUUAGUGUUACAGAAACCCAAAUGUAGCUAUUUCACAGGACAGGUAGUAUUUUCUUCUUAGCAUCAUGGAAUUCUAUGUUCUGUAUAUGCAUGUAUAUUGUAUAUUUACGUAUAUACAAAUAUACACAAACAGACACACAGUUUUUGUCUUUGGCAGCUGAGCUUGAAAAACAAAAACCAACAACAACAAACAGAUCUGAACACAACUGACCACUUGUAGCACCACAAUUACAACCUCCUGGCCCAGGGCAGCAAACUAAUGUGCUUUUGCUAAACUAGGCUUAAUCCUGAAAGGAGUCAAGUCAAUGGCAGCUGUUCCUAACUUGAUGGCAAAGAUAGACCCUUCAUCACAGAAGAAAAUUUUCAACAUAAAACUUUUUCCUCCUGUUGCUCUGGAUCGCAUUCUAGGGAAGUAACGAAACUGCCAAUACCUCAUAAAAUAUUUCUACAGAAAAAUAAUGUUAUUUGUUGUUCCAAAAUACCCACUGGCCCUUUGUCAUUAAAUGCUCCAUGAAUUGAUAACAUCUUAAUAAAUCCUUGGGGAUCAAAGUUUAAUAGCACCGGAUACUUUAAGGACCUAUUUAUAAAUAGCAACUCUAUCAUUACUUAAUAAACAAGGGUAAGGCAAAGACAACAUGACAAAAUUACAGAAUGUCAACAUUAUUCCAUUCACUCAUUUUUUCCCAAAAUAAUAAUACAGAUAAAGAGAUGAGCAAAACAGGAAGUGGUCCCUACUAAAAAGUACUGUCAUUUAAUGCUGGUGUCUUCCAUGCCCGUUGCCUGCAAUGGACAUUCUGCCAGGAAACUUUAAUCCCCAACAGGAAAGAACAAGUACUACUUUGACUAUUCAAGAUCGUGUUUUUUCCAAUAUCAUAUUUUUCAGUACUUAGAAACAUGAAGCUGGAGGCCCUUGGAAAGACUAGCGUUACAAACAAAAAAAAAAAA